UUAAAAAGUGUAGCCUUAGGUAUUAUAGAAAUCACUUAUAAAGCGUAGCCGUAUGUUAAUAUCUAUGGGUACACUUUUAUAUUAAAGAGAGCGCUUUUUAAAAGUAGCCUAUUUGUUAAGUUUUGGGUGCGCUUCAAAAGUGUUGCCUAAUGUAUCUAAGUCAAAUACCCAAUAUAUAACACUUAGUAAAUUUUUGAAUUUUCACCAAAUGAUACAACGCAUACAAACACUUAGCCAAAUAAAAAAACAUAACCCUUAGCCACUGAAAACAUAACACUCGAUCAUCACUACCCUUAGCUUUUCCCUUCUUCGCGCCACUCAUCACCCCCAAAUCAGAGAAUGGGAUCGCCAUCACCAGUCACCACUCACGGCGUCACCACUCACCAUCUCCACCAAUCACUCAUAUUCGUCACUCACCACUCACCACGCCGUCACUCACGCACUCUCAUCCUCCCUCAACUCACACACACGAAAGAGAAGAAAUCAGAAAAGGGGAGCACAGAAAGAAGAAGAGAAGAAGCGAGGAGAAGGGAAGGAAGGAAAGAAACGACGACGCCGCCUAGGGCUCCACCGCUGUCGAGCGCCAGUGAAAGAGAGCUCAAGGAAGAGAGAAAACGCGAUGGAGGAGAGAAGAAGGGGGUUCUCGGUCGCCGCUGAAACUCCACCGCCAUUGCUAGGGCUUGUUGCCUUCGCUGUUCUGCCACCGUCGGGCUGCUGUUCCGCCGCCAAGGAGCUCGAAGGGAGUACCCCGUGUCACCAGUUCGAAAGUGUGUAUGAUUUGGAUAGUGAUGAUGAACUGCAAUGGCUAAAUGAGAUGGAGAUGGCCACAAGCAGAACUAGAUCGCUAAUUUGGAAGCUUCACAAAUUAGGGAGAGAGCAGUUGACAGGAUUAAUAAUGUUAUUGGAACUUUCCAUUUCUUCCAGAUACAACGAUUUGAUGCUCAGAAUAUUUUCCAAACACCCAGAUUUGUUCCCUGAAGAGUUUGAGCAUUUUGAUGAUUUCACUAUAGCUUCUUCAUGGGAAAGGUUUGUUUAUUUUUUGAGCCCUCUUCGUUCAAAUUUGCAUGAAAUCUCAAUUACAAGACACUUUAUAGCAUUACUGUAAGAGAAAUGGUUCUUUGUGUUGAAAUGAUGCUACUCUACUAUCAUGAUAACAUUAUUCUUUUAUGUUACUUAAUAAAUUUAUUUUGUAGGUUCAUUUCUAAAAUUGAGGCAAUUUGUCGUCUUUGGAUGGCUGAUGGUCCUAAAAAUUUAUUUUGUUUAUUUGUUUUGCCUUCUGGGUGAUGCAGGCAAAUCUUUUGAUUGAAAUUUUACUUUUUAUGAUCUGCAGUUAUGUUUUGGUGUAAAAGAAUUUUUGGCAUGGUUUAACACUAUCUAAUUUUUCAUUGAAAGAUUAAUGUCUUGUAUAUCACUAGCUCAUUGCUCCUCAAAGUGCAAGUGGUGUAGUUCUUGAUGCACCAGAGGCUAGCAGGCUGUUGAGUGUUGUUG